UUGUUCAAAGGUUGAGCUUGAUUAUUUGCAAGAAGAUGGCUUGCAGCAUAACCCCUCUGAAACUUCUUUUUCUCCUUUUAAUUCUGCUAGCUGAUUCCAUUUUCCUUGGGUCCAAACAGUCCAAUUCUAAUGCUGCAAAAUGUAUUGAUGCGGAGAGAGAAGCCCUUCUUAAAUUCAAAGGAAGUCUAAAAGAUCCUUCUGGUUGGCUCUCCUCUUGGGUGGGUGAAGAUUGCUGCAACUGGAUGGGAGUAAGCUGCAACAACCUGACAGACAACGUUGUCAUGCUAGACCUUAAAAGUCCUGAUGUAUGUGAUCUAGUCAAUGUAAGUGAUGCAGCAACGUCAUACAAUAGAUCAUGUCUAGGGGGUACGUUAAAUCCUUCUUUGCUUGACUUGACAUAUUUAAAUUACCUGGAUGUGAGUGAUAAUAAUUUUCAAGGAGCUGCUAUUCCAGAAUUCAUAGGUUCCCUCAAAAACUUGAGGUACCUUGACCUUUCCCAAGCAUCAUUUUCUGGAUUGGUUCCCCCUCAUCUUGGAAAUCUAUCGAACUUGAUUCAUCUUGAUCUUACCACUUAUUGGAACCCAACACCUCUCUGGGUUUCAGAUAUAAACUGGCUCUCUGGUCUCCCUUUCCUUCAGUACCUUGGUUUAGGACGCGUAGACCUUAGCAAGGCAUCAACUAAAUGGCUGCAAGCAAUCAACAUGCUUCCUGCACUCUUGGAGCUUCACUUGUACAGUAAUAAACUUCAAGGCUUCUCCCAAUCUCUUCCACUUGUAAAUUUUACAUCACUUUUGGUCUUUGAUGUUACUUACAACAACUUCAGCUCUCCAAUACCUCAAUGGGUCUUUAAUAUAAGCACCGUUGUCACUGUUCAACUUUAUGACUGCCAAUUUUCAGGACACAUUCCCGAAAUAUCAUGGGGAAGCUUAUGCAACUUGAAGAGACUAGAUCUAUCAUCUAAUUCUCUAACUGGCCAAAUAAAAGAAUUCAUUGAUGCUUUGACUGGAUGCAAUAACAAUAGCCUAGAGAGUUUAGAUUUGAGUUCAAACAAUCUUAUGGGGAAUCUGCCUGAUUCCUUAGGUUCGCUUAGCAAUCUGGAAACACUUGGCCUCUAUCAGAAUUCAUUCUCGGGUCUUCUUCCAGAAUCUAUUGGAAAUUUGUCAAGUUUAAGUGCGCUAGACAUGUCCUUCAACAAGAUGACGGGGAACGUCCCUGAAACCAUUGGACAGCUUUCAAGGUUAUAUAAAUUGGGCCUCUACGGGAAUUCAUGGGAAGGAAUCAUGACCGAAAUUCAUCUUCAUAAUCUCACUAGACUUGAUGAUUUUUCCUUAUCAUCUACAACAUAUUAUUUAAUUUUCAAUGUGAGACCUGAUUGGACUCCCCUAUUUAAUCUAACCUACUUGACAAUUGAUGAUUGCCAAGUUGGCCCCACAUUUCCGCCAUGGCUCAAAACUCAAAACCAAAUUUCUCAAAUUACACUAUCAAAUGCUGCAAUUUCAGACACAAUACCUGCUUGGUUCUGGACAUUAUCACCAAACAUUUGGUGGUUGGAUCUUUCUGUUAAUCAAUUAAGGGGAACGCUUCCGAACUUGACAAGCAUUGGAAACAAUUUAGGAGCAUGGGUUGAUCUGGGUUUCAACCGCUUGGAUGGUUCAGUCCCGCUUUGGUCAAAUGUGACAAAUCUAUCUCUGAGGUACAAUUUAUUGUCAGGAUCAAUUCCCUCAAAAAUUGGACAAGUUAUGUCAAGGUUGGAAAAUUUGGAUCUUUCAAAUAACCUUUUGAACGGUAGCAUCCCACAAUCCAUAAGUAGACUGGAGAGAUUAUAUUUUCUUGAUUUGUCAAGCAAUUACCUAUCUGGCAACAUCCCUUCCAAUUGGCAGGGUUUGAAAAUGUUGAUGGUCUUAGAUCUAUCAAAUAACAGUCUAUCUGGUGAAGUUCCAAACUCUAUUUGCUUAUUACCUUCGCUUAUCUUUUUGAAACUAAGCAGUAAUAACCUCUCUGGGGAGCUCUCUUCUACUGUACAAAACUGCACUGGCUUGUACUCACUUGAUCUUGGUUAUAAUAGAUUCACCGGAACCAUAUCUGCCUGGAUUGCAGAUAACUUGCUUGCAUUAUCAUAUAUUGGCCUGCGAGCCAACUUGCUAACCGGUAUCAUUCCUGAACAACUAUGUAGUUUUCUCAAUCUCCACAUCUUGGAUCUUGCACACAAUAAUUUCUCGGGGUAUAUUCCUAAAUGUUUAGGUGAUUUGCCAGCUUGGAAAACUCUGCCCAUUUUAUAUCAUGUGACCUUCCCUUCAAGCCAGCAUAUCGAAUUUUCCACACAUCUUGAAUUGGUAGUGAAGGGAAAUAAAAACACAUACACCAAAAUAAUUUCUCUUGUUAAUAUCUUAGACCUAUCCCACAAUAAUUUAACAAGAGAAAUCCCUGAAGAACUAACAAAUCUUUCAGCCUUAGGUACCUUGAACUUAUCCUGGAAUAAAUUUUCAGGACAGAUACCAGAGAGUAUUGGGAACAUGAGAUGGUUAGAAAGUCUAGACCUGUCAUGUAACCAUCUCGUUGGUUCUAUUCCUCCUAGCAUGUCUUCAUUGACUUCCUUGAGCUAUUUGAACUUGUCCUAUAAUAACUUGUCAGGAAGAAUACCAUCCACUAAUCAAUUUCUUACCUUCAACGAUCCUUCCAUUUACGAGGGCAACCCAUUACUCUGCGGUCCUCCAUUGCUAACCAAUUGCUCUACACUCAAUGACAAGGGUGCAAAUGGAGAUAACAAAGAUCAAAGUGAAGAUCAAAGUGAAGAUGAACAUGAACAUGACACUUUCUGGUUUUAUGUAAGUAUGGGAGUCGGAUUCAUUGUUGGAUUUUGGGUUGUUUGUGGUACACUGGUGAUAAAGAAGACCUGGAGACAUGCAUAUUUCAAGUUCAUUGAUGAAAUGAAAGACAGACUCUUCUUGGUCAUUUUUCUGAAUAUGGCACGUUUAAGAACGAAGUUGGAGAGUAAUUGAGAUGCUGCUUGAUAACAAGAGCUUGAUGACAAUGUGAGCAAAUCUGGACAGUGUAGAAGUUCUUGAAUAAAGGGAAAAUAAUCUUGUCUGUGUAUAAUUUUACCUGAUUCCCUGUGUGUGAGUGUGCACAUUUUCCGAAAAAGUGCACCAUCUGUAGCUUCCGUUGUGUUUAAAGAUAAAGGUUGAUUGAUUAAAGAUCCUUCUGGUCA